GGUCCCGGGGCGCCCUUGAUUGCGGACGUCCCCGCGCCCUGGGGCCGCCCCAAGCGCGGUCGCCUGCCUGCGGGACCCGGGACCCCGACGCCCCGCGCGCCCCGCGCGACUGUGCCGGACCGGAGCCCCGCAACUGCCCUUCCUUCCCGCUGCUGCUCCUCCCCGGUUGUGGCCGACGCAGGGACCCAGGAUGUUCCACUUAAGGACUUGUGCUACAAAGCUGAGGCCCCUGACGGCCUCACAGACUGUUAAGACUCUUGCACAGAAAGGGCUGGCGGCACCCAGGACGUUCUGGCAGAUCCGUUGCUAUUCUGCCCCCGUGGCCGCCGAGCCUUUCCUCAGCGGGACUAGCUCCAACUAUGUGGAGGAAAUGUACUAUGCCUGGUUGGAGAACCCCAAAAGCGUCCACAAGUCGUGGGACAUUUUCUUCCGGAACACCAAUGCAGGAGCUCCCCCAGGCACUGCCUAUCAGAGUCCAUUGCCGCUGAGCCCGACCUCCCUCUCCAGCCUGGUGGGGGCACAGCCCAGCGUGGACAAACUGGUGGAGGAUCAUCUGGCUGUGCAAUCUCUCAUCAGGGCCUACCAGGUCAGGGGUCACCACAUUGCAAAACUUGAUCCUCUCGGAAUUAGUUGUGUAAAUUUUGAUGAUGCUCCAGUAACUGUUUCUUCAAACGUGGAUCUUGCUGUUUUCAAGGAGCGACUUCGAAUGCUAACAGUAGGAGGCUUCUAUGGCUUGGAUGAGUCAGACCUGGACAAGGUCUUCCACCUGCCCACCACCACGUUCAUCGGCGGCCAAGAGUCAGCCCUGCCUCUGCGGGAGAUCAUCCGGAGACUGGAGAUGGCCUACUGCCAGCACAUUGGAGUGGAAUUCAUGUUCAUCAACGAUCUGGAGCAGUGCCAGUGGAUCCGACAGAAGUUCGAGACACCCGGGAUCAUGCAGUUUACCAAUGAGGAGAAGCGCACCCUGCUGGCACGGCUGGUGCGGUCCACCAGGUUUGAGGAGUUUCUGCAGCGCAAGUGGUCGUCAGAGAAGCGGUUUGGCCUGGAAGGCUGCGAGGUGUUGAUUCCCGCCCUCAAGACUAUCAUUGACAAGUCUAGCGAGAAUGGGGUGGACCAGGUCAUCAUGGGAAUGCCACACAGGGGGCGGCUAAAUGUGCUAGCCAAUGUCAUCAGGAAGGAGCUGGAGCAGAUCUUCUGUCAGUUCGACUCCAAGUUGGAGGCAGCGGAUGAGGGUUCCGGGGACGUCAAGUACCACCUGGGCAUGUACCACCGGCGCAUCAACCGCGUAACAGACCGGAACAUCACCCUGUCACUCGUGGCCAACCCAUCCCACCUGGAGGCAGCCGACCCUGUGGUGAUGGGCAAGACAAAAGCAGAGCAGUUUUACUGCGGCGACACGGAGGGCAAGAAGGUCAUGUCCAUCCUUCUGCAUGGUGACGCAGCAUUCGCUGGCCAGGGCAUCGUGUACGAGACCUUCCACCUGAGCGACCUGCCCUCUUACACCACGCAUGGCACCGUCCACGUGGUGGUCAACAACCAGAUCGGCUUCACCACAGACCCUCGCAUGGCCCGUUCCUCACCAUACCCCACCGACGUGGCUCGGGUGGUGAAUGCCCCCAUCUUCCAUGUGAACUCAGAUGACCCUGAGGCCGUCAUGUAUGUGUGCAAGGUGGCUGCAGAGUGGAGGAGCACCUUUCACAAGGAUGUGGUGGUGGACCUGGUGUGCUACCGGCGGAAUGGCCACAAUGAGAUGGAUGAGCCCAUGUUCACGCAGCCGCUCAUGUACAAGCAGAUCCGUAAGCAGAAGCCGGUGCUGCAGAAGUACGCAGAGCUGCUGGUGUCGCAGGGCGUCGUUAACCAGCCCGAGUAUGAGGAGGAGAUCUCCAAAUAUGACAAGAUCUGCGAGGAGGCCUUCGCCAGAUCCAAGGAUGAGAAGAUCCUUCAUAUCAAGCACUGGCUGGACUCACCCUGGCCUGGCUUCUUUACUCUGGAUGGACAGCCCCGGAGCAUGACCUGCCCAUCCACGGGCCUGGAUGAGGACACCCUGACACACAUUGGGAACGUGGCCAGCUCUGUGCCUGUAGAGAACUUCACUAUCCACGGAGGGCUGAGCCGCAUCUUGAAGACACGUGGGGAGCUGGUGAAGAACCGGACUGUGGACUGGGCCCUGGCUGAGUACAUGGCCUUCGGCUCCUUGCUGAAGGAAGGAGUCCACAUUCGACUCAGUGGCCAGGAUGUGGAACGCGGUACCUUCAGCCACCGGCACCAUGUGCUGCACGACCAAAACGUGGACAAGAGAACCUGCAUCCCCAUGAACCACCUGUGGCCCAACCAGGCGCCCUACACCGUCUGUAACAGCUCCCUCUCCGAGUAUGGAGUCCUGGGCUUUGAGCUGGGCUUCGCGAUGGCUAGCCCCAAUGCCCUGGUUCUCUGGGAGGCCCAGUUUGGCGACUUCCACAACACAGCUCAGUGCAUCAUCGACCAGUUCAUAUGCCCAGGCCAGGCUAAAUGGGUGCGGCAAAAUGGCAUUGUGCUGCUGCUGCCUCAUGGCAUGGAGGGCAUGGGCCCAGAACAUUCCUCUGCCAGGCCCGAGCGCUUUCUCCAGAUGUGCAAUGAUGACCCAGAUGUACUGCCUGACCUGGCAGAGCCCAACUUUGACAUCAACCAGCUGUACGACUGCAACUGGGUAGUGGUGAACUGCUCCAGCCCUGGAAACUUCUUCCAUGUGCUGCGCCGCCAGAUCUUGCUUCCCUUCCGCAAGCCACUGAUCAUCUUCACACCCAAGUCACUGCUUCGACACCCUGAGGCCAGAACCAGCUUUGAUGAGAUGCUUCCAGGAACCCACUUCCAGCGGGUGAUUCCAGAGGAUGGUCCUGCAGCCCAGAACCCUGAAGGGGUCAAGAGGCUUCUCUUCUGCACGGGAAAAGUCUACUAUGACCUGACGCGGGAGCGCAAAGCACGCGGCAUGGAGGGCCAAGUAGCCAUCACACGCAUCGAGCAGCUCUCCCCAUUUCCCUUCGACCUGCUGCUUCAAGAGGUGCAGAAGUUCCCCAAUGCCGAGCUGGCCUGGUGCCAGGAGGAGCACAAGAACCAGGGCUACUACGACUACGUGAAGCCCAGGCUGCGGACCACCAUCAGCCGUGCCAAGCCUGUGUGGUAUGCAGGCCGGGACCCUGCUGCAGCUCCUGCCACCGGCAACAAGAAGACACACGUGACUGAGCUGCAGCGCCUCCUGGACACGGCCUUCGACCUGGAGGCAUUCAAGGCCUUCUCCUAGGCUUGUCCCACUAAAGUCUUGUCUGAUGCAGCCACCUCGCCCACCGCUCCGCUUCCUCCCGCACGCUGCCCCCAACACUCCCGGCUUUGCAGCCAGGCCCUGGGGAGUGCACAGUUUCCCCUCAACCCGUGUCCUGCCAGGGUCACACUGUCCCUGGCCCCCCUCCACUCCUCAGGAGUGUCCGUGGCUUUGUGGUCUGGUCAGCUAGGCCAGGACCUAUACUGCCUGGGCACACAGGACUCCCAGAGAGAGCUGAGCCUGACCUGGCACAGAGAAGGCAGGUCUGCUCUGCAGGGCUGCUUCUGCCCCUGCCCUGUCCCCUCCCCAGAGCCUUCAGCCUUGUGGGGUCCUUGCCCCACACACUCCACCUGCCCCAGGCACCAGCAUUUGCCCUGUGGGCCCAGAUGUUCUCCCCGCCUCUGCCACAGCUGGGCAGGAGCAGGGGAGUACAGGGUACAGCGUGAGGCUGCCCCCUCUACCAGUCAUGGGGACAUACCGAUUUAUUUAUUUUGGUUAAAAAAAAAAGGACAAUAACUUUGCAUCGCAUUUGGCUUGACCCAUAAACUAAGUUAUCCAGG